CAAGAAGAAAAUGGCUUGAGGGACAACAUACUUUAGAAGAGACAAAUUGCUUUUCUUUCUUUUCUCUCCUUCUCUCAUUAUCCCUUUCUCUCUCUCUCUCUCUCUCUCUCUCUCUCUCUCUCUCUCCCUCUCCCAUAGUUCUUUCUUCCUUUUUUUUUUUAUAAGCAGUUCUUUCUUCCUUUUUUUUUAAUUUAUUUUUUAUUUUGGAGUAGCGUAAGAGGAGGAGAGAGCAAGAAGAAAGGAUUUACUGUGGGAUGGGCAUAAGAAGAAGCGGAGGAAAUGACUUGGUGCAAUGACUGUAACGAUGUUCAAACAAUUGAAAGAAGUUCCCCAGCUCCUUCCGGUACAAGUUUUAAUGUUGCUCAAAGACACAAAGAAAGCCUACUAAGAAGCUGUCCUUCUUGUGGUCACCAGAUCAAAUGCCAAGAUCAGGCGAGAAUCCAUGAUUUGCCUGGGCUGCCAGCUGGAGUGAAGUUUGAUCCGACUGAUCAAGAGCUGCUUGAGCAUUUGGAGGGAAAGGUCAAGUCUGAUGCUCGUAAGAUUCAUCCUCUUAUCGAUGAGUUUAUCCCCACAAUUGAAGGAGAGAAUGGAAUUUGCUAUACUCACCCAGAAAAGUUGCCAGGAGUUAGCAAGGAUGGCCUAGUUCGCCAUUUCUUUCAUCGACCUUCAAAAGCAUACACAACAGGAACAAGAAAAAGAAGAAAGGUACACACAGAUACAGAAGGCGGAGAGACCCGGUGGCACAAAACAGGCAAGACUAGACCAGUUUUUGUUAGUGGAAAGGUAAAAGGGUACAAGAAAAUUCUAGUGCUUUACACAAACUAUGGUAAGCAAAGAAAGCCUGAGAAGACCAAUUGGGUAAUGCACCAAUACCAUCUUGGUAAUAACGAGGAAGAGAAAGAUGGAGAGCCCGUUGUUUCAAAAGUUUUCUACCAAACACAGCCUAGACAAUGUGGUUCAUCCAUGAAAGACUCUCUCCCUUUAAAAUUGGAGAGACAAAGUGGCCAUAAAGGUGCUAAUAGCCUUAAGAAUUCCACCCUUGUUGAGUACUAUAGUCCUUUUAUAUCCUUUGAUCAGGGGAGCCAAUCCAGAGCAAACCCUCCUCAAUUGCUCCCACAUUUUGCAGUCCAUGAUGGGUCUUCUUUUAUCCCUUGAAAAGUAAAAGAAGCACCUAAAAAUCAAGAGAUGAUAUGAAGGACAAAAGCCUGCAUGAUGUGGUAGUAAAGCAAGACACACAGCUUCCAACUACGGUGGAAUGGUGAAAUAAAUUACUAUAUUUACAUACACACACUCAAUAUUAUUGAUUAGCGCAAAGGGGAACAUGGAAAAGAAUAAUGUUUCUUUAGCUAAAAAUCAAUAGAAGCCAGAUUCUUCAGGUUUAAAUUUGAAGAUUUUGGCUAGCUAUAACUUUCUCUUUUUUAUUUUUGGCUCAUUAUGAUUUCUGUUUUAUGAUGCAUAUGCAUUGGCUUUGUACACAGCGUGAGGGUGUGUCAACUUUGGAAACUGUACAAAGAGGAUUUUACCAUAAACAUUCUAACUUGUUUUAUAUAUACUUUGUUUGAUUC